CGGGGCCCCACCUCUAAUGGGCUGGGGCUAAGGAUGUGGUCCCCUCUUCUACCUGUCCCAGCCCUUGGGCAGAGCCUUCUGGGUCACCAAAGCAGGGUCUGCCAUGUGUUCUUUGGGCCCGUCUGGGCCUCAGGUCCAGGGUCUGAGCCUCUCUGAGCCCCUCCUUUGGUGGGACCGACGGCCUCUGUUCCUCCAGCUUCAAAGGCACUGGCCCCCUUAGGCAGGGAGUGUCCUUGCUGUGGCCGGGCUGCUUGGGGACCAGCUGAGCAGCCCCCAGGCUUCCUCGGCAUGUCCGCCAGUCUCCCACCUCCGCUGCUGGGCCUCACUUCCGCCGCUGGGGUGCAGAGCGUGGUUGCCUGAUAAGCAGUGCUGUUUCCUCUGGGGAAGGAAAGGAGGUUGGGGCCACGGGUGCUGCUGGGGCAGCUGAGCGCCGAUGGACCUCAGCCACGGCAGGCCAGGGGAUGAGGACGGUAGCCUGGGGGCUGGAGCCCCAGGAGGCUUGCUGUGGGAACAGAUUGAGCCUCCAUCGCACCACUUCUCUCCUGAGGAGCGGGCCUUGCUCUACGAGGAAGCUCUCUACACGGUCCUGCACCGCUUGGGCCAGCCUGAGCCCAACCAUGUGAGGGAGGCCUCUGAGCUGCUGCGAUACCUGCAGGAGGCCUUCCACAUGGAGCCUCAAGAGCACCAGCAGAUGCUGCAGCAGGUCCAGGAGCUCGAGAAGCCAACAUUUUGUCUGAAGGCCACGGUGAAACAGGCCAAGGGCAUUCUGGGCAAGGAUGUCAGUGGGUUCAGUGACCCCUACUGCCUGCUGGGCAUUGAGCAGGGGGUAGGUGUGCCCGGGGGCAGCCCUGGGUCUCGGCGUCGGCAGAAGGCCGUGGUGAGGCACACCAUUCCAGAGGAGCAGACCCACCGCACCCAGGUCGUCACCCAGACACUCAACCCUGUCUGGGACGAGACCUUCAUCCUAGAGUUUGAGGAUAUAAGCAACGCAAGCUUUCAUCUGGACAUGUGGGACAUGGACACCGUGGAGUCUGUCAGACACAAGCUUGGGGAGCUCACAGAUCUGCAUGGGCUGCGAAGGAUCUUUAAGGAGGCCCGGAAGGACAAAGGCCAGGAUGACUUCCUGGGGAACGUGGUUCUGAGGCUACAGGACCUGCACUGCCGGGAGGAUCAGUGGUACCCCCUGGAACCUUGCACCGAGACCUACCCGGACCGCGGCCAGUGCCACCUCCAGUUCCAGCUCAUUCAUAAGCGGAGAGCCACUGAGGCCAGCCGCUCCCAGCCCAGCUACACGGUGCACCUCCAUCUGCUGCAGCAGCUCGUGUCCCAUGAGGUCACCCAGCACCAGGCUGGCAGUACCUCCUGGGAUGGGUUGCUGAGUCCCCAGGCUGCCACCAUCCUCUUUCUCCACGCCACGCAGAAGGACCUGUCAGACUUCCACCAGUCCAUGGCGCAGUGGCUGGCCUACAGCCGUCUCUACCAGAGCCUGGAGUUCCCGAGCAGCUGCCUCCUGCACCCCAUCACCAGCAUUGAGUACCAGUGGAUCCAGGGCCGCCUCAAGGCAGAACAGUUGGAAGAGCUGGCCGCCUCGUUCAGCUCCCUGCUGGCCUAUGGCCUCUCCCUCAUCCGGAGAUUCCGGUCUGUCUUCCCCCUCUCUGUCUCCGACUCCCCGGCCCGACUGCAGUCUCUUCUAAGGGUCCUGGUACAGAUGUGCAAGAUGAAGGCCUUUGGAGAACUGUGCCCCAACAGCACCCCACUGCCCCGCCUGGUGACCGAGGCCCUGCGGACUGGCACUGUUGAAUGGUUCCACUUGAAGCAGCAGCACCAUCAGCCCAUGGUGCAGGGCAUGCUGGAGGCAGGCAAGGCCUUGCUGAACCUGGUACAGGACAUCGUUGGUGACCUGCACCAGUGCCAGCGCACAUGGAACAAGAUCUUCCACAACGCCCUCAAGAUCGACCUCUUCUCCACGGCUUUCCUGGAGCUGCAGUGGCUGGUGGCCAAGCGGGUGCAGGACCACACGGCGGCAGUGAGUGGCUCUGUGUCCCCAGAGCUGGGCGAGAGUCUGUUCCAGCUCUACAUCAGCCUCAAGGAGCUCUGCCAGCUGGGCCCCAUCCCCUCGGAGAGGGACAGAGCCCUGGCCCUGGAUGGUUUCCACCGCUGGUUCCAGCCGGCCAUCCCCUCCUGGCUGCAGAAGACCUACAGUGUGGCCCUGGCGCGGGUGCAGCGAGCUGUGCAGAUGGACAAGCUAGUGCCCCUGGGUGAAUUAACCAAGCAUAGCACGUCGGCUGUGGAUCUGUCCACCUGCUUUGCCCAGAUCAGCCACACGGCACGGCAGCUGGACUGGCCUGACCCAGAGGAGGCCUUCAUGAUCACCGUCAAGUUCGUGGAGGACACAUGUCGGCUCGCCCUGGUGUACUGCAGCCUUAUAAAAGCCCGGGCCCGUGAGCUCUCUGCAGGCCAGAAGGACCAGGGCCAGGCAGCCAACAUGCUGUGCGUGGUGGUGAAUGACAUGGAGCAGCUGCGGCUGGUGAUCGGCAAGCUGCCCACCCAGCUGGCGUGGGAGGCGCUGGAGCAGCGGGUAGGCGCUGUGCUGGAGCAGGGGCAGCUGCAGAACACGCUGCAUGCCCAGCUGCAGGGUGCGCUGGCUGGGCUGGGCCACGAGAUCCGCACCGGCGUCUGCACCCUGGCCAAGCAGCUGGAGGUGGGCAUCGCCACGCACAUCCAGAAACUCGUGGGCAUCAGGGAAUCCGUCUUGCCUGAGGAUGCCAUUCUGCCCCUGAUGAAGUUCCUGGAGGUGGAGCUCUGCUACAUGAACACCAACCUGGUGCAGGAGAAUUUCAGCAGCCUUCUGACCCUGCUCUGGACCCACACGCUCACAGUGCUGACGGAGGUGGCCACCUCCCAGCGGAACUGCCCCCUGGCCUCUAGGAGGCUGAAGGUUGUGCUGCAGAACCUGGAGAUCUGCUUCUACGCAGAGGGCUGUGGCCUGCCGCCCGAGGCCCUGCACACGGCCACCUUCCAGGCUCUACAGAGGGAUCUGGAACUGCAAGCAGCCUCCAGCCAGGAGCUCAUCCAGAAGUACUUCUGCAGCCGCAUCCAGCAGCAGGUAGAAACCACCUCUGAGGAGCUCGGUGCUGUCACGGUCAAGGCCUCCUACAGUGCGUCUGAGCAGAAGCUGCGUGUGGAACUGCUCAGCGCCUCCAGCCUGCUGCCUCUGGACUCCAAUGGUUCCAGCGACCCCUUUGUCCAGCUGACCUUGGAGCCCAGGCACGAGUUCCCUGAGCUGGCGCCCCGGGAGACCCAAAAGCACAAGAAAGAGCUUCACCCACUGUUCGAUGAGACCUUUGAGUUCCUGGUGCCUGCUGAGCCAUGCCAGAAGGACGGGGCGUGCCUCCUGCUCACCGUGCUGGACCAUGACACACUGGGGGCUGAUGACCUGGAAGGGGAGGCCUUCCUGCCACUGCGCUCGGUGCCAGGCCUGACUGGGACCCAGGAGCCUGGCGAGGUGCCUCAGAUCCGCCUGCCCCUCACCUACCCUGCACCCAAUGGGGAUCCAAUUCUGCAGCUGUUGGAGAGCCGGAAGGGUGAUCGCGAGGCCCAGGUGUUUGUGAGGCUGCGGCGGCAGCGAGCCAAGCAGGCCUCCCAGCAUGCUCCUCAGCCAAGGCGGUAGCAGUGGAGGUUGGGGAUGGGUUGGGUCCCUGGUAGGGAAGGGCUUUCUUGGGAGAUCUGGGUUCUCUCCCCCACUGCAGCCCUCCAGCCUGGCCUAACACUCCAAAAGGGCCUGCAGAUCUGGGGAGCACCAAAUACGGAAGGCCCAGAGUGCAGACCCCUCUCUGGUCCUUCUGCCAGGGCAGGGGCCCACAGUCACGGGGGCACCAUUAGCAGUAUUUAUACUCCCUCCUGCCUCCCUUCAGCCCUGGCCUCAGCAUCCUCUGCCAGAUUCCAGCACCAGGGGGAGGGGAGGCAGCUGUCUGCAUCUCCUGCCCCUGCUCCCCUCCUGGGGAAAAGCUGCUCUGGCAGAGCAGGAUCUCAGCCACCUGUUUCCUGGCAUGCCUGUUCCAGCCACUCGAUGAGGGUAGUGGGGAGCGGGCAGGUUCUCUUGUGCCUGUUGGGCCUAUUGGGGUCAGGCCUGCAGACACAAAGCCUCCUGGGGAAGGGAGAGGGGAUCCCGCCAGAGAUGAAGCUACAGCUGCCCUGGCGGUGUAGGGAUGGUGGCCAUAAUGAAGGGAGCCUGGGUCCUCUCCUGAGGUGACUACCAGCACCCAAGCUAAGGAGCCUAGAGCCAGGGACCUUCUGGCUCUGAAGGAGUGAGCACUGGCAGGCAGUGGGGCUGGGACGGUGGGGCAGAAAAAAAGAACAGCUUGGCUAGCUGUGUCUGCUGAUGACACGGCCUCCCUGGGACAGUACCUAUCACUAAGAAAUUUUCUUAGCAAAAAUUAAAAAACUAACAAUC